GGCACCUCUUCCCCCCGCCUGGCGUUUGUUCCGGUCGCAGAGGAGACACCGCCGCAGUUGCCGCCACAUCGGGGAUUUCUGGCUCUUUCCUCUUCGCCUUAAAUUCGGGUGUCUUUUAUGAAUAAUCAAAAGCAGCAAAAGCCAACGCUAUCAGGCCAGCGUUUUAAAACCAGAAAAAGAGAUGAAAAAGAGAGGUUUGACCCUACUCAGUUUCAAGACUGUAUUAUUCAAGGCUUAACUGAAACUGGUACUGAUUUGGAAGCAGUAGCUAAGUUUCUUGAUGCUUCUGGAGCAAAACUUGAUUACCGCCGAUAUGCAGAAACACUCUUUGACAUUCUGGUGGCUGGUGGAAUGCUGGCCCCAGGUGGUACACUGGCAGAUGACAUGAUGCGCACAGAUGUCUGUGUGUUUGCAGCACAAGAAGACCUAGAGACCAUGCAAGCAUUUGCUCAGGUUUUUAACAAGUUAAUCAGGCGCUACAAAUACCUGGAGAAAGGUUUUGAAGAUGAAGUAAAAAAGCUGCUGCUGUUCUUAAAGGGUUUUUCAGAGUCGGAGAGGAACAAGCUGGCUAUGUUGACUGGUGUUCUUCUGGCUAAUGGAACACUUAAUGCAUCUAUUCUUAAUAGCCUUUAUAAUGAGAAUUUGGUUAAAGAAGGGGUUUCAGCAGCUUUUGCUGUAAAGCUCUUUAAAUCAUGGAUAAAUGAAAAAGAUAUCAAUGCAGUAGCUGCAAGUCUUCGGAAAGUCAGCAUGGACAACAGACUGAUGGAACUUUUUCCUGCCAAUAAGCAAAGUGUUGAACACUUCACAAAGUAUUUUACUGAGGCAGGCUUGAAAGAGCUUUCAGAGUAUGUUCGGAAUCAGCAAACCAUAGGAGCUCGUAAGGAGCUCCAGAAAGAACUUCAAGAACAGAUGUCCCGUGGUGAUCCAUUUAAGGAUAUAAUUUUAUAUGUCAAGGAGGAGAUGAAAAAAAACAACAUCCCAGAACCAGUUGUCAUCGGAAUAGUUUGGUCAAGUGUAAUGAGCACCGUGGAGUGGAACAAAAAAGAGGAGCUUGUAGCAGAGCAAGCCAUCAAGCACUUGAAGCAAUACAGCCCUCUACUUGCUGCCUUUACUACUCAAGGUCAGUCUGAGCUGACUCUGUUACUGAAGAUUCAGGAGUAUUGCUAUGACAACAUCCAUUUCAUGAAAGCCUUCCAGAAAAUAGUGGUGCUUUUUUAUAAAGCUGAAGUCCUGAGUGAAGAGCCCAUUCUGAAGUGGUAUAAAGAUGCACAUGUUGCAAAGGGGAAAAGUGUCUUCCUUGAGCAAAUGAAAAAGUUUGUAGAGUGGCUCAAAAAUGCUGAAGAAGAAUCUGAGUCUGAAGCUGAAGAAGGUGACUGAAUUUUGAAACUACACCCUCAGUAAAGCAAACAGGCAUUGUAGAUAAAAUGUCAUGUCUCAUGUGUCCUGGUUCUUACGUUUUCCUACCUCCCUAUAUCAAGCAUGAUAUAAGGGCUUUCAUGGCAAAUUUUAUUUUAACUGUUUCUAUGGUUACUGGAAAUGUUGGGUUUAGUUUCUAAAACCAUGUUUUAAGUAGCUACAGGAGCUUUAGAUUUGAAUCUAAUGUUGCAUUAGUCUUUUUAGUUAUCUUCUACCUCCUGUAUUUUCUACUGUAAUAAUGUAAUUUAAGGCCUUCCACAAUGAACAGUUCACUUUAUUCCCUGGGUUUUCUAUAUAAACAGUUUUCAAUAUAUGAUUUGGUUAAAAUAAUUUGUUAUAAAAAUUCUGUUUGCAAAUUAAACUGUAAAAGUAUCCAAAGUCUUAAAGGCAAUCAUUUGUGUGAUAAUUUGGUAUGUCCAGAGCCCUACUCAUCAAUGAAAAUCUCUUAUAAUAAUUGAAUUCAUUAACCUGAAUCUUGAGUAUUUGGACCAUUGCUUGCAUGUUAACAUUUUCUUGCAUUUUUAACCCCAGGUGUCCUUAAGCUCAAUUGUUUGCUCUUUGAUUUUCAUCCUUAGUGAAGCCAUGGAGAACAAACAUGAAAAGUUUGUGAAAUCAUAUGUGGCAGGUAUUGGGAAGAAGAAAGUUGAGCUUUUUCUUGCUGAGAAACUUCUGCAUUCAGUUUGUAUCUUUCUAGGCAGAACAAAAAAAUACUCUUCAUAUAACCAUUUUCAAACGUACCUUAGGAAAGUCUUUAAAGUAUUUUAUGCUCAUAAUAUACUUAAAUUGAUAGGAAGGGACUUGUAAAGGAGUGCGAGUAAAAGAAAUGGCCCAUGUAUUAAACCCAGUAAAAAUUGUUAAACUCUUAAGGGUCAACAUGUUUUAAUUGGGAAUCUAAAUACAAUUUAUAUUUCCUAUUGGUUUAGAAUAUUCAUUGUAAAGAAUGAAGUGCAGUGAUAAUUAUAUAUUCCCACUUGGUCAUACUGGACUGGCUUCAUUCUCUUAACAUACUUAGUAAUGUCUCAAGCAUCUGGCUAUUAACAUACCCUCGUUGGCAUUUUUUAAUUGCCAUGAGCCAAAUAUUUCUUCUCUAUGAUUGAUCCAUUUAUUUUAAUGGCUGCCUUUUAAUUUUCAUCUUUUUUUUUCUUGCUGCUACCCGUCUAUAUAUAUAUAUAGUCAUGGGGGGUGGGGGGAGUAGCCACAUUUUUUAAUGGAAAGACUUAGUGUUAAAAACGAAUGUUUUGAAGGUUUUUUUAAUUAGUGAAGGAAACUAGCCUGGAAUAAUGUCACCAGAGACUCAGUGGAAAUUGCCCCUUUUGAAGGUGCCUUUCUUAUGAGCCAAGAAUUUGGUGUUCAAAAGUUCAUCUUGAGGGAAUAAUAACAUGUAAUAUAAUUUGAAAUAAAGAUAUAGUAACCUUUAGAAGAGCAUUAUAACUGGUAACAUUGUGAAUGGGGUGAUUUGUUUAAUGAAUAACUUUGAUAAAGUUUUCGUGCACAAGCAAAAUGUAUUCACUAGAUUUCUAUGUAGUGAUCUCCUUUUACUUUGUAAUUUGUAGUCCUCAAAAGGCUUUUUUUUUUUUUUUUUUAAUAAAAUCCAUCCUUACACUUAGGUUUUACAGAUCAGUCUUUUUUUUUUUUUUGUAAAUUCUAUGUUAAUACCUACUGGUACUGUACGUUAUGUGUUUAGAUGUCUUUACUGUAUAAGCAUUAAAUAAUUAUUGCUCCUUUUAUCCUAUGACUCCCAAAGUGUAAACAUCUACACAGAAUUCUCAUAUAACUGAAACUACAUUAACAUUUCUACAACCAAGUCAUUGCAUGUUACUGCCGUACAAGGUGUUCCCUGUUUUAUUGUAUACCAUGUAUAGCAAAAGUGUGUAGUCUUCCAGAACUACAUUAUGAUUUUUGAUCAUAGUUUUUUCCAUCACAACACAGUAGUGUUUACUUGCUGUAAUAUUACAGUGAAUGGAUAAGUCACCUGUGACAGAAUAGUGUAAAGAAAGGGAAUGCUUUAUAAAAGGACUUAGAUUUUCAUUUUGAAUUUUAAGUGGUAAUUUUAGAACCCAGCUGCUAGUGUCAACCUAUGGCCUCAAAUAUGUAAUUCUUAAUAUAGAUGUUAAAAUUGUACUUUUAAUUAUUAUUGGAUAAAUGUUAAUUGAUAUUUUUCAAUUUGGUGUCAGUUUCUAAGGAUAAGUCUCUUGGAUACUAUAAUUAAAUGUCUGUUUACAGCUGAUCAUAAGUUUCUUAAUCUUAUACUUUGGGAGUAUUGUUCUAGAGAUGUUCAUUAUUCUGUUCUUACAGAAACUCCAGAUGCCAAAAAUGCCACAGAAUAUUUUGACAUAGCAUAAUGAUUGUGGGGAUGGGGAAAUGCACGUGACCCAGAGAUUAACUUCUGAUCAGUGUUUUGCAAACUUUUUCCUAUUAUUAUCACAUCCUCUCCCCAAGAAGCUUAGACUUUUUUUUCUAGUUGCACCCCCAGUAAAUUUUAAUAUCAUAGAUAAACUAUAUGUACUGUGUCUGUGCUUUAUACAUGAAAAGAGUAAGGUUUUCUUGGUCCCCUUGGAGAUGAUGUCACCCCCAUUGAGAAUGCCCACUCUAGUAUGUCUUUUUUAAAAGGGUCAGGAAACUUAGUAAUAGACAUGUGCAUUGGCAAAUAUGUCUUCAUGCUUAUCCAUAGUGUGAAGCAGUAUUUUAUCUGUCAGAAUAGAAAAUAGAGGAAAUUUCAUUUCCUUCCAAUCACUGUAUUUCAACAGUUGUGUUCUGUAUCUUAACCCACCACGAUAGGCACCAUGUCUUCACAGAUUCAUACUUGAUUUUAAAUGUAAUAAAGUAAAAUAAUUUGUGUUCCUUCUAAUCUAUAAAAUUAAGUGAAAACCCUUUAGAUGGAUGAUUUAUUUUAAAGUUGUGGCCAUAACACUGAUAUUAUAUUAUUAUAGUAUUGAAAUUUUACUGAGGAACCUCUACUGUCAUAUUUAAGUAGGCUGCUUGCAGGAACUGAAACAACUAUUGGUUGGCUUUAAAUGUAACAUAGAAGCCAAAGUUUUAGUAUACAUUGUCAUUUAGACUUCUGAAUUAGCUUUGUAAAAAUUUUCCUCAGAUGGUAUUUACAGAUGCCAUGUAAAAUAAGUUGAUAAGCAUUUCUGUGGGAAUUCUGGUAAAUUGCCUUGAUGUGAUUUUUUCAUGUUCGGUAUUAGUCCUAUACUGUCAGUAUGAAAUAUUUCUAUUCGGGCCGGCCCGUGGCUCACUCGGGAGAGUGCGGUGCUGAUAACACCAAGGCCCCGGGUUCGGAUCCCAUAUACGGAUGGCCGGUUUGCUCACUGGCUGAGCGUGGUGCUGACAACACCAAGUCAAGGGUUAAGAUCCCCUUACCGGUCAUCUUUAAAAAAAAAAAAAAAGAAAUAUUUCUAUUCACCAGCCUUCUUAAGCCCGAAGGUUUAAAAUGUUAGAAUUAAAGAGUUUUUCAGUAGGCUUGAUUUCAUUUAAGUGGAGUCUGUAAGAUAUAAGUACUUUCUGACUUCUCAAGUAAAGAACUUAUAAUUGGCUUUUGUCUAAGAACCUGAAUUACAGUGGAUUUAAUAUCUGAACAGUCUUAGACAUAAAUGUAUAAAACUGGGUCAGAAAAGCUUCCUGACUCCUUUCUUCCUUAUUUUUUGCCCCCCAUUUAACCAUAGGCAAUUAGCAGCCAUAUCAAAUCCAAUCAUUUUCAUUUUCUAAUGUAUUUAUAAUCUUUUUAUCUUUAUUCUAGGAUUAGAGUCAGUUCUUAAUGAAUUGAAAGGAUCGGGAUACUUUACAAAUUUACUCAAUCACUGUCAAUUUAGUAACCCUUAAUCAGAAUCUUAGUUAAAAGCUCAACUGCUUGUGGUGCCUACUAUAGUGCCCUAGAGGAGACAAUGAUAAAAAUCUGCCAAAUCCCUUUAUAGACUUUAUCCAGAGGGACCAAUAUUUUAAACUAUGAUAUGAUUAGAAUGUUUGUGGUUGUGUAAUGAAUUUGGGGUGCUAAAAAGUUUGGGCUGUUCUGUUUCAGGGAAUUUCUGCUGUAAUCAUUUAAAACUAUCUGAGCAAAACAAGCUAGGACCUAGUUUAUGUUAGUAUGCUAAGGACAAAAAUAGAUGAAACCACUUUUUUAACACUGAAAUUCUGAAGGCUGUGCUUAAAAGUUAACUUAGUGGUAAAUCUGUUGGAAAUAACUGACCCUUUUAUAGACUGAAUCCUCUUAUUUCAGAAGGAUGUUCUACAUUCUCUGGCAUUUUAAGAAUAAAAUAUUUUCUCUGUGUACACCUCAUUUCCAUUCUAGUUAGGUGUAAUGGAGUCUCGCAUGACAAACAGUUGAAGAGGAGAAAACUGGAUAGCUGGUACUCCAUAUAGCUUUUGACAAUGACCAACCUCAAGUACAGCCAUCCAAGCCAGUAAAUUACAUUGCUGCAUUAUUUCUGUUUUAACUGUGAAACUUGCUUCUUGUCUGUACCCUUAAAAUUGAA